AUGAUGAACUCUUUCUGGUGGGGGCGUAACCUUGAUAAUUCCAAAUGUAUGAAUUGGCUAUCUUGGGAUCACUUGUCUAUGGAUAAAAAAUAUGGAGGUAUGGGUUUCAAAAACCUCAGUGCUUUUAACUAUGCAAUGGUUGGCAAAGAAACGUGGAAUCUCAUGUCGAAGCCAAAUAAUCGUGUAUCCAGACUUUAUAAAGCUCGUUACUUCCCUAAUAGUGACUUUCUUGAUUCCGUAUUAGGCCACAAUCCCAGUUACGUGUGGAGAAGUAUUUGGAGUUCUAAAUUUGUGGUUCGUGGAAGUUACAAAUGGAGCAUAGGCUCCAGCGAGAGCAUUUCGAUUUGGAACCAAAAUUGGUUGCACGAUCGUACCUCCCUAACUAAUCCAUGGUCGCAUAUUCCUGAUGUAUCCAAUAUGAAAGUGGUGGAUUUAAUAAGCAAUCAUGGUAAGCAGUGGAAUUCCGAUCUGAUUGUUCCUUUGGUCGGUGAAGAAGUAGCAAAUAAAAUUCUCAAUACCGCGCUUUCCGAAAUGGUCCAGGUCGACAAAAUGGUACGAAAUUUUGAAAGGGGCGGUAAUUACUCAAUGCGUAGUGCUUAUCGUUUCUGUAUAAAUGAAGCCAUUGAUACAUCCCAUCUCAGAAUAGAUGGAAAUUGGGACUUAAUUUGGAAGUUAAAAACACUGCCAAGAAUGAAGAAUUUUCUCUAG